AUGGGCAGUUUGGCUAGUACCUAUUUCAGUAACUUGUUUGCCACCUUGAACCCAGAUGGCGUUAAUGAGAUUUUGAGUAGUAUACCUCCUACAGUCACAGAUGAGAUGAACAUGAGUUUGAACAAGCCUUUUGUUGCUGAAGAAGUCCAAAGAGCUCUCAACCAAAUGGCACCACUUACAGCUCCUGGCCCGGAUGUUUCUGAUUCGCAGAAUGCUUUCCUCUCAGGUAGGCUCAUAACUGACAAUGUUCUAGUGGCUUUUGAGACUCUACAUUAUCUAAAGUGUAAAACACAAGGGAAGACAGGGUAUAUGGCUCUAAAGCUUGACAUGAGUAAAGCUUAUGACAGAGUGGAGUGGGAGUUCUUGGAGAGGGCGAUGUUGCACUUGGGUUCUUCUGGGAGGUUUGUAGCAACCAUUAUGUCUUGUGUGAAGUCAAUUUCAUACUCAGUUUUACUUAAUGGGGUUCUAGGUAGUACUAUCAAGCCAAGUAGGGGUCUGAGACAGGGUGACCCUUUGUCACCAUAUUUGUUUUUGGUGUGUGCUAUGGGUCUCCAAGGUUUGCUUCACAAGGCCGAAUAUGAAGGUUUGAUUAGGGGAGUGUCUAUCUGCAGAAAUGGUCCACAUUGGGGCUACAGUGGUGAUGGUAGGAAAGUCCAUUGGGUAAAGUGGGAGCGUCUUUGUCAAGCUAAGGAAGUCGGAGGCAUGGGUUUCAAGGAGAUUGAGAAAUUUAACAAAGCUUUACUAGCCAAGUCGACUAAUGGCUCUUAUGCAUGUAAGAGUAUUUUAAGUGCACGAGAUGUGGUACGGAAAGGCAUGGUUUGGAGGAUUGGGGAUGGUAAAAUGGUGAGUAUAAAGGAGGAUAAGUGGCUGCCUGACAAAGUUUAUAGAACAGUGAGCUCACCGAUCCCUUUUAUUCCCCCUGAUGAGGUGAGUAUGUUAAUUGAUACUGAGACUGGAGCCUGGAAAGAGGAGGAGGUCAGACACAUGUUUCUACCCCACGAAGCCAAAAAUAUAUCGAGUAUCCCCCAAAGCACUAGGCUGCCCCAAGAUAGUAUCAUCUGGUCUAAAAAUCCUUCGGGUGUUUUCUCUACUCAAAGUGCAUAUCAACUGCUAGCUAGUGAUGCUUCAGCUAGCAGUCCUGGUAGCUCAAAUCCGAACCCUCAGCGUUUGCUUUGGAGAGGUGUUUGGACGCUACGAACUCCCAAUAGGGUGAAGCAUUUUAUUUGGCGAGCCUGUAACAACUCACUCCCAACAAUGGACAACCUUUUCCGCCGCCAAAUUGUGGCCUCUGACCGCUGCAACAUCUGUAAAACCCACCCUGAAGACAUUCUGCAUGUAGCGUGGGGCUGUACAGAGGUGGCCAACCUUUAG